AGCGGGGUGUACGCCUUUGUGUUUAUCAGAAGGUGCUGAGGGUGAAGGAGAUCACCAUAAUUUCGUUUUCCUCUCCUUAUACACACACACACACAGUCUGUUUCGUUCAGCGUUGCGUUCCUUGUUGGGUGUAGAAGUUGAUCCUUCUGAGGUACAAUAAUAUACCCAAGUAGGUUUGGAUCGUUGAAAAGUGAUAUAGCUAACAUCAAAGAUAUACUUAACAAAAGGCUUUGAAAGCCAACCCUGUAUUGAACCGUCCCCGACAAAAAAAACACAAAAGGCAAAUGACGGAAGAGGAGGCCCGCAUCGGGUAUGCGAAGGAGCAUAAUAUCCACCACCUCUUCGAACUCAUGGCGACGAAGUUGUUGGUGAACCGCCCAGAGAAUCCGUUUGCCUAUCUACGCACGCUGCUGGAGGACGUGGAGCGAGGAGAAAAGAACAAGGCUUCGUACGACCCAACUCGCGUGCAUUUCAACGACAGCAGGGAAACCUCCGCGGUGGGACUUGCCGGCAGCAGCGGUGCGGCCGAGCCACAGGCAGCAGACGGCGCCGCCGCCGCCGCCCCUUCUUCCUCUUCGAGCCACAAAAAAAAGGAAAAGAAGAACGUGACACUGGCGACCUUUGGCUUAGACGAGGCAGGCAAGACGUGUGCCCUCGCGGUGCUGGAAACCGGCGAGGCAGAGCCGCAUUACUCGCCCACGGUCGGCUUUGCGCCGGUCAAGUUCCCGCUGGACGAGUACAAUUUGUGCAUCUUCGAUCUGGGCGGGGCGGCGAACUUUCGUGGGAUUUGGGUGCAUUACUACCACGAUGCGCACGGUAUUGUGUACGUCAUGGAUUCUGCCGCUAGCGAGGAGCGGGUGGCGGAGUCGCUCAAGGUGCUGCAGGAGACGCUGCGCCAUCCGUACGUGCAGGGGAAGCCACUGUUGGUGAUGGCGAACAAGAAAGACCUGCCGGGGAGCCGUGGUGUUGAUGUCGUGCCGCAGGGCUUUAUUGAAGAGGCGAUGGGCGACACGCCGGCCCCGUACCGCGUCAUCGCGACGUGUGCCAUUGAGGAUGAUCCUGCCCUGGUGGAGGGCAUUGAGUGGUUACUGGACUGCGUGGCGAAGGACUACGAGGCACUGACCGCACGCGUCGCACGUGACUGCAAGACGGUAAAGGAGGAGAAGGAUCGCCAGCGAGCGGAGCGGCUUGCAGCCAUUCAGGGUGAAUAG